AAUAGAAUACGGCAUAAUAUCCACACAAAAAAUCCCUUUGAUCAUGAGUUUAUGCUUCUGCUCCAAUUUGAAACCAUCCAUUCUCUUCCCGGAGUCCGAUUUCCGAUGGGUUCAGACCCGUACCCGACCCGUUUCCUUCACUAAGCUAAUCCAAAUAAAGUACAGUUACCGUGGAUGCAUUAAAGCAGUCGGAGAAGAAAUCGGAGUUCUAUCGCCGGACGACAGCUUAUCGGUGCGAAAUCCGGUAAUUGAAGAGGAAACAGUUCCGGAAACUGAGGUUAAUGAAGUAGAAAAUGGAGUUGCUAGUGUUGUAGCUGAAGAAAAAGCUCAAACUUGGAUAAGUAAGAGUGAGAACAAGGAAAAAUUGGAUGAGGAAGAUGAAAACGCUAGUAGAUUCAAGCUACGUAAUGGUAGAGAGGUUUUUGAAGAGAAAGCCUACCUAGUGGGUGUUGCGUGCAAAGGUGAUACAGAAGAUUCAUUUGGUAUAGAGGAGUCACUCAAGGAAUUGGCUCAGCUGGCUGAUACUGCUGGACUACUGGUUGUUGAUUCUACAUAUCAGAAGCUAUCUUCUCCCAAUCCGAGGACUUACAUAGGAUCUGGAAAGGUUUCAGAAAUCAAAAGCGCAAUUCGUGCAUUUGAUGUUGAGACUGUUAUAUUUGAUGAUGAACUUUCACCAGGACAAUUGCGUAAUUUGGAGAAGGCUUUUGGUGGAGAUGUUAGAGUGUGUGAUCGCACUGCUCUCAUACUGGAUAUUUUCAACCAGCGUGCAGCAACCCGUGAAGCAUCUUUACAGGUGUCAUUGGCACAAAUGGAAUACCAAUUACCACGGCUAACCCGUAUGUGGACUCACCUUGAGCGUCAAGCUGGAGGGCAGGUCAAGGGUAUGGGUGAAAAACAGAUCGAAGUAGACAAGAGAAUUUUACGUACUCAAAUUGGUGUACUAAAAAAAGAGCUAGAAUCUGUUCGGAAGCAUCGAAAACAAUACAGGAACCGUCGUGUCUCUGUACCUGUCCCUGUUGUAUCUUUGGUUGGAUACACAAAUGCCGGAAAAAGUACACUUCUUAACCAGUUGACUGGGGCUGAUGUUCUUGCGGAGGACCGAUUAUUCGCUACACUUGAUCCUACUACAAGAAGGGUGCAGAUGAAGAAUGGGAAGGAGUUUCUGCUUACAGAUACAGUUGGCUUCAUCCAAAAAUUACCGACAACUCUGGUUGCAGCCUUUAGGGCAACACUUGAAGAAAUCGCUGAGUCUUCAAUUUUAGUGCAUGUGGUGGACAUCAGUCACCCACUCGCAGAGCAACAGAUAGAAGCUGUGGAGAAAGUUCUUUCAGAACUGGAUACAUCAUCAAUUCCAAAGUUGAUGUUGUGGAACAAGGUUGAUAAAGCUGAAGAUCCAGAGAAAAUCAAGUUAGAAGCCAAGACGAGAAACGAUGUGGUUUGCAUUUCUGCUUUAACUGGUGAAGGGUUGGAUGAAUUCUGCAACGAAAUCCAGAAUAGACUAAAGGAUGCAAUGGUAUGGGUGGAAGCCUUGAUCCCAUUUGAUAAAGGGGAACUCCUCAGUACGAUACAUCAAGUUGGAAUGGUUGAGAGAACUGAAUACACUGAGAAAGGAACUCUGGUGAGAGCACAUGUUCCCCUCCGAUUUGCAAGGCUUCUAACUCCUAUGAGGCAAAUGUGUGUAUCAUAAUUGCUUCAAGUCACCAAAAUACAUAUACUUGAAGGGCAAUAACACAAGCACAUCAUGAUUACGGCCAGCAUAAAUUGAAACUUAAGAUGAAUGUGAAACUCCCAACACAAGAAUCUCCAGAUUGUGGCUUCUGACAAAUAUGCAUAACAGUAGUAAACAAGAAUCACUAGAAGUCGUCCAUCUCCUCACAUCAGCAGUCCGUUGACUGAAGAAAAAGCCGGCAUGCUUGUUCAAAGGAAUUUGUGCUAGACUGGUAUACAUUAUUUGUACUUCUGUUCUCACUAACUGCUGCUUCUGUAAAUAGAAAUAUCUCGUCACACGUAACUACUUUGUUAGACUGUUCCUUCUCCCCAUUGUACAAAUUGACCUAAUAUUCCUAAACAGUUGAUCGCGUGACAUGCACAGUUUGACCUGGUUUGUCUACGUGAGCUGUAUGAGAAUGUUCUGUUUUAUCAGCAAGAUGAUUUU